AUGAGCCCGAAACUUUUCUUCGUUGCUCUCCUUCAGCUUCAGGCUUUUGUCGCAUCCGCUAUGUACCGCCCUGCGGAAUGGGAUCGGCAUGAUCAGAUCAUUAUGGCUUGGCCAUCAAUCGAAAACGACGCCUACCUGGACAAAGGUGGCAGCCGUGAUUUAGCUGCUGCUACCCGAGAUAUUUCAACAAUCGCUGAGGCAGUCGCUGAAUUUGAGCAAGUUACCCUGCUCGUCACCCCAGACCGCUUCAAGGAGGCAAAGAAACGGUUCAAGCACGACGCAGACGAUAUCAUCAUCCAGCCUGUUCAUGAUUACCCCAAACUUGAUCUCUGGAUGCGUGACAUGGCACCAACCUUCGUUUUUGAUGGAUGCCACCUUUCUGGAGUUGAUUACAACUUCAAUGGGUGGGGUAGUAAAUACCCGGUAAAUGCUUCCAAAUCCCUUGCGUCCCAGGUCUGCGACAAUAUGGAUCUUCCUCGGAUUUCAACCUGGCUUGUGACGGAAGGCGGCUCUCUUGAGGUCGAUGGAGACGGUACUAUUUUGAUCACCGAGAGCUCGAUCAUCAACCAGAACCGGAACCUAGGAAAAGGCCGGAAACAGAUCGAGGAUGAGUUGCGGCGAACGCUUGGUGUCUCAAAGAUCAUCUGGCUUCCUGGUGUUAAGGGCGGUGACGUUACUGAUGGCCAUGUUGAUGGUCUCGCGCGUUUCGUCGCGCCAGGAAAAGUCGUUAUCAGCAAACCGAACAUUCUUGACAACAGUCAAUUCUCCACAGUAUUCAAGGAAGCCCGUUCAAUCCUCUCCAACGCGACGGACGCUCAUGGCCGACGUCUUGAGGUUCUCGAAAUGGUCGAGGCCGAUUUGUACUCGCUAGGGUUGGACCGAGAUACUUUGAAGGACAUCGAAAGUGAUGAGGAGGAUUACCCUUCAUUGAGCUACGUCAACUGGUUGCUUGUGAAUGGUGGAGUCGUUUUCCCCCAGUUUGGGGACAAGAAGGCCGACGCCGCCGCCUUGAAGAUCAUCCGUGACUUAUACAAGGAUCGUCGGGUGAUAACUGUGCGCCUCGAUCAGUUGCCAUUCUUAGGUGGGGGUAUUCACUGCUCCACGCAGGAAGUACCUGCACCCUAA